AAGCAAGUGUUCGCAUCCACCAGAGCACUUGAGAGUAGAAAAAAAAACACAGGCAGACAAAAUCCAAAAUGUUGAAGAGCGUUCGACUUUCUGCCAGUCUCGCACUCUUGGCUCUGGCGCUGUCCUUCGCCGACGCGUACGACCCAAGUCCCCUGCAGGACAUCUGUGUGGCAGUCAACGAACCCAAAAAUGCUUUGUUUGUGAAUGGAAAGUUCUGCAAGAACCCUGCUCUUACCACAGCAAACGACUUCCUCUUUUCUGGCCUACAAGUUCCUAGAAGCACGGCCAAUCCCGUGGGCUCCACAGUCACCCCUGUGUUCACCGACCAGCUACCAGGACUCAAUACUCUUGGCAUUUCCAUGGUUCGUAUUGACUUUGGAAUAAGUGGUUUAAAUCCUCCGCACACUCACCCUCGUGGCACCGAGAUUUUGCUCGUCUUGGAGGGCACUCUCUAUGUAGGCUUUGUCACGUCCAACCAACUGAACAAUACUUUCUUUGAGAAAGUCCUCCACCCUGGAGAUGUUUUUGUUUUCCCGAUCAAUAUGAUUCACUUCCAGCUCAAUGUUGGAAAGACCAAUGCAGUUGCGAUUGCCGCUCUAAGCAGCCAAAACCCAGGAGUCAUCACUAUAGCCAAUGCAUUGUUUAACGCAAAGCCGCCUAUUUCCCUAGAGGUUCUAGCCAAGGGGUUCCAGGUGGAUGAGAAGUUUGUUGAGAAACUUCAGAAGAAGUUCUGGUACUACAAUUAGCCUGAGAAAUGCAUCUGAUGAUGUCGUCAUCUCUGUACUUGAUUAAACAAACAAAUACCUUAAGUCAUCUGAUGAAGUUCCUAGUUCACGUAUGAAGAAAGUUUCCUUCUGUCACAUCUUGUAUUGAUUUCAGUAUAAUAAGACCGUGUUGUUUUCUGCACCACCUACUACUUUGAGGUUAUUGUGAUGAACUUAUUUCCUGGAACCAUGACAGAAAAGGACAGCGACCUCGACACGAGACUCUACCAUGUCAGAGGAUUUCCAACCCGAAUGCUUUACAAGCAUGAACUGCUAAUAACCAUUGCCAGUUCUGCUUAGGCUGCAUAAGUAACUAUUAAUGAACAAUCAGUAACAAGGAAACUUCAGUAGUUUCAGGGAUCAUGAUGCUGCAUUGAGUUUAUUGGGAAUGAAGCCUCAAAGAACUCCUCUUUUAUGAGAAAUUAUCAUUGCUAUUUGCUUGCA